AACUUUUCCACGCUAUUAUACUGCAAUGAAGGACGAGAUCCGAGAAUCAAGCGGAAAUGAAGACCUCCAGGAAUCUUCUUCGGAGCAAUACAUGACUGACCAAGAUCCGUUUUUCAAAUACCAUCAACUGAAAUCCAUUGAGAGCCAUGACAGCAAGUACUUAGGCCAAAACCUCGCUACUUCUCCUCAAAACCCUGCUUCUUUUGAAGGAAUGGAACAAAAUCCGAGCCACUCUCAUUUCAUACAACCAUACUUCGCUCAAAUUGAAAAGGUCAAGCAAGAAGCAGAUUUGAUCGAUGAUUUGACUUUAUCAAACGACACUGGCGACGCCACUGAUGAAGUGGACUCUGCCAGCAGUGAUGAUGAAUUGAUUGAUUUGAAGAGGAAAAUAGAGCGAGAGAAAAAAAAAAAGGAAGUGAAUACGCAUAUUAUGAAAAUGCUACGCGACAGUGCUGACGACGAUAUUAGCAACGAGCUUCAGAACCUGUAUACAAAUUUUCAACGCUGUUUGGAUCUUAGAGAUAAGUACAUGGGAGCGUCAUGCCAGCAGCCCUUUGAUAACCCAAAGGAUCAUGAUGACUGGGAGAUAUACCCACCACCUCCUGCACCCUCUUGGCCAUUGCCGCCACCUGAAGAGCUCCAGCGCCGUAAGGAAAGGGAACUUGCUAGGGAAGCCGAUCCUGUCGGUUUUGUCGGCAGCGAAUUCGAUUACAAUCAUUGCAAGAUUCCAAAGGAAGAUCCGUUCAUUUAUGACCUUGACAGUACUGGAGUUUUUCAAGUCUACGAAAGUUCCGAGCACCGAGAAGAUGGCAAGCCUAUUUAUCAGCCUCCCAGCGUUAGAGACUAUUUUAUGGACUUAGAUUACAUCUUGGGCAUCAUUAGCGAUGGUCCUGCUAAGAGCUUUGCUUAUAGGCGACUUCGCUAUCUUGAGAGCAAAUGGAACUUGUAUGCGUUGCUGAAUGAAUACCAAGAGUUAGCAGAUUCCAAGAGGGUGCCUCACAGAGAUUUCUACAACGUUCGUAAAGUCGAUACUCACGUACAUCACUCUGCGUGUAUGAAUCAAAAGCAUCUUUUACGUUUCAUCAAAGCGAAGUUGCGCAAAAACCCUGAUGAAGUAGUCAUUUAUCGCGAUGGCAAACACUUGACACUCUCUGGUGUAUUCCAGAGUUUGAACCUGAGUGCAUAUGACUUGAGCAUUGACACUUUAGAUAUGCAUGCACACAAGGAUUCCUUUCAUAGAUUUGACAAAUUUAACUUAAAGUACAAUCCUAUUGGAGAGAGCAGACUUAGAGAAAUUUUCCUCAAGACCGAUAAUUACAUAAACGGACGCUAUUUGGCAGAACUUACAAAAGAGGUUAUUUCUGAUCUGGAAUCUUCCAAAUAUCAAAUGGCUGAAUAUCGUAUUUCGAUCUAUGGUCGCUCAAAAAAUGAAUGGGAUAAGCUCGCUAAAUGGGUCGUGGAAAACAAGCUAUUCUCACCCAACGUGCGCUGGCUCAUUCAAGUUCCUCGACUUUAUGAUGUUUACAAGGGUAGUACUUUGGUCAGUAACUUUGAGGAUGUCAUCAGAAACAUUUUUGAGCCUCUCUUCGAAGUUACAAAAAAUCCAGAGGCGCAUCCAGAGCUUCAUAUCUUCUUACAGAGAGUGAUUGGUUUUGACAGUGUCGACGACGAGUCAAAGACAGAGAGGCGGGUUUAUCGAAAAUAUCCGCUUCCUAACGAAUGGAACACUAAACAGAAUCCUCCCUACUCAUACUAUUUAUACUACAUGUAUGCGAAUAUGGCAUCUUUGAACAAAUGGAGAGCAAAGAGAAAAUUCAACACUUUUGUGCUGAGACCACAUGCUGGGGAGGCUGGCGACAGUGCCAAUCUGACAGCAGCAUUUUUGACCUCUCAAAGUAUCAGCCACGGUAUUCUCCUACGAAAAGUUCCCGCAUUACAAUAUCUUUAUUAUUUGAAACAAAUUGGAUUGGCCAUGUCUCCUUUAUCCAACAAUGCGCUGUUUUUGACUUACGAACGAAACCCUCUUCCUCAGUUUUUCCAGAGAGGCUUGAACGUGUCGCUAUCUAGCGAUGAUCCGUUGCAAUUUCAUUUCACCAAAGAACCCUUGAUUGAGGAAUAUAGCGUCGCAGCUCAGAUUUGGAAAUUAUCCUCCACCGACAUGUGCGAGCUUGCUAGGAACUCUGUGAUUCAAAGUGGAUGGGAGAACAAGAUCAAAAUGCACUGGAUUGGCAAGACAUGGACUGAGCCAGGGACUGCUGGAAACGAUAUGCGAAAGACAAAUGUUCCCAAUAUUCGAGUUGCUUUCCGACAUGAGACUUUGAUGGAAGAAUUGAACAUGCUGUCGCGAUAUGCUUGGCAUCGUCUUCUGAUAUGAAUAUGUUUCCUGGAGCCGCCCUUGCAGCUGAGAGAGCUCGCAGUAAAAGCGUAGAAAAGGACAUGAGCAACAAAUGAGCGGCAUACCACGUUGAUAGUGCUGCUCUCAAUUCAAUUCCUAUUACAUUCAAACUUUUGUUAAUAUUACAUGGUACAAAUGCAGCCGCAAGCUACUUUUAUUAAGACAAUACAACUUUCUCUCAUCACGAUGCAUGGAUCAUUUCUCACUGGUGAGAAAAGUGAGAUAUUCAUCAUUUAACUUGUCACCAAACUUUCAUUGGCUACACCUUUUCCAUCCUUUAGAUGUUGUUUUGGCAUGCCACAUAAAAUAAAACAAUGUUGUAGUAUUCUCCUGAGUAUUCAUUGCAGUGGAAACCAAUAUCUUGCGGAUGGCUGUUUGCUAAACGACCGGGUAUUAACUUUGCGUCUAGUACCUGUUGCUCAGAUAAGACAAUUCCGUUGAUGGCACGCAGC